AUGGAGCCAGGAGGGGUGUCCUCAAUGCCCCCAGCCCCCAUUGCCACCCGGGGGGAGCCGGAUGCUGGGCCUAGCACCUCCUCCCUGGAGCAUCCAAGCACAGACCCAGGGAAGCUCCAAGCGCUCCCUGUUGGGCCUGGAGCCCACUGUGGUGACCCUGCCUCCGGGAGCCCUGGCAGCCAGGCCUCUGCGGGGGACGUGGGCUCUGUGAGUGAGCCCAGCAGCGGCACUAAGAUCCCUAACCGGGACAGCGGGAUAGACAGCCCCUCCUGCAGCGUGGUCGGCGAGCACUUCUCCUGCGAGGACGGCAGCGAGGCGGGCCCAGGCCCCACCAUCAAAGGGCUGCACCUGGAGACAGCCCCAGGUGGCAAGGCCCCACGGGAGGAGGCCGAUAGCGAUAUGGGCGAGGGCAGCAGUGAGGAGCCAGACCCCGAGAAUAGCCCCUUGAGGGCUGAUGCGGAUCCAGCCAAGUGCUCUGAGCCCCAGAAGCUGCUCCACAUUGCCCAGGAGCUGCUGCACACUGAGGAGACCUACGUGAAGCGUCUACACCUGCUAGACCAGGUUUUCUGCACCCAACUGAUGGAAGCAGGGAUCCCUUCGGAAGUCACCACAGGCAUCUUCUCUAACAUCUCCUCCAUCUAUUGCUUCCACGGGAAGUUCCUCCUGCCUGAGCUGCAGACACGGAUCAUGAAUGAGUGGGACACAAACCCCCGGCUUGGAGACAUCCUGCAGAAGCUGGCCCCAUUCCUCAAGAUGUACGGCGAAUAUGUCAAGAACUUUGACCGGGCCGUGGAGCUGGUGAGCACCUGGACCCAGCGCUCACUGGUAUUUAAGGACAUUGUCCAAGGCAUCCAGAAGCAGGAGAUGUGCGGAAACCUGACGCUGCAGCACCAUAUGCUGGAGCCCGUGCAGAGGGUCCCCCGCUAUGAGCUGCUGCUCAAGGACUAUCUGAAGAGGCUCCCAGAGGAUGCCCCAGACUGGAAGGAUGCAGAGAGGUCCUUGGAGCUCAUCUCCACAGCUGCCAACCACUCCAACACUGCCAUUCGGAAAAUGGAGAAAAUGCACAAGCUCUUGGAGGUAUACGAGAGACUGGGUGGGGAGGAGGACAUCGUCAACCCUGCGAACGAGCUGAUCAAGGAGGGCCACAUCCAGAAGCUAUCAGCCAAGAAUGGCACGACCCAGGACCGCCACCUCUUCCUGUUCAACAGCAUGAUCCUUUACUGUGUGCCCAAACUGCGGCUCAUGGGUCAGAAGUUCAGUGUCCGGGAGAAGAUGGACAUUUCCGGCCUCCAGGUGCAGGAUGUGGUCAAGUCAAAUGCAGCCCACACAUUCAUCAUAACUGGAAAGAAAAGGUCCCUGGAGCUACAAACUCGGACAGAAGAGGAAAAGAAAGAAUGGAUUCAGGUCAUUAAGGCCACCAUUGAGAAGCACAAGCAGAACAGCCAGACUUUCAAGGCCUUCAGUGGCUCCUUCAGCCAGGAUGAGGAUUCCUCCCUCACUCCAGACCCGCCUAUGGUGAGUGCCAACUCAGAGGUGCCUGCAGCGGUAGCCACUGGUGGAGGGGGUGCUGCAGGGCUUGAGCCCAGGAGAGGGUCCUCUAAGACCAGACGUGACAAGGAGAAGCAGGGCUGCAGCAGAUGCGGUGAGACCUUCAACUCCAUUACCAAAAGGAAGCACCACUGCAAGUUGUGUGGGGCGGUCAUCUGUGGGAAGUGCUCCGAGUUCAAGGCCGAGAACGGCAGGCAGAGCCGUGUCUGCCGAGAGUGUUUCCUGACCCAGCCAGUGGCCCCCUCGAGCCCCAGCCUCGAGGAGCCCUUGGAGCCCAAGCAGAGCACAGAGAAGCCAGCCAUUGUGGACCCCCCGCCCAGCCUGCCCUGUGGCCCCCUGCUUGUGUCGGAUGGCGGCACAGCCUGGAGCAAGGUGUGGGCUGCCAUCUCUGAGUCGGACUCCCUGGAGUUGAUGCUGCACCUUCGAGGAGGCAGCCAGGAUGGCCAGCUGCUGCAUGCCAUCCCCCUCUCUGGCUGCAGGGUGAGUGUGCCAGACCCCGCAGAGAGACUGGAUGCUGGACACAUGUGGCAGCUGCAGCAGGCCCAACAGUCUUUGUACCUGAGUGCCCCAUCCGCCGAGCUGCAGCAGCAGUGGCUGGAGGCCCUGAGCUCAGCAGCCCACGGGCACCUGGCCCAGGCCAGCCCAGGGGCCCAGCAGCCCCAGGCCCCAGCUGCCCCAUGA